AUGGGUUUGCCCUCUGCAUCAUCAUAUCAAGAGGGUGGUGGUGAUGCAUCAGUUUUUUUUUCAAAGAGGGUUGUUAAGAAAACUAAACUCGUUCGAGAUAUAACCAAGUUGUUAUAUUCACUCGACAAAGGGCCCGGAAUCGAGUUGCAUAAAGAACGAGUAGAUUUGUUCAUGGAGCAAAUAAUCGAUGGUAAAUGGGACGAAAGUCGAUCCACACUGCGUGACAUUGAUAAGUAUGUUGACAAAAUAACCUUUGUUAUAUUGAAGAACAAAUUUCACGAACAUUUAUCUCGAGACGACAAAGCUGUUGAUGCUUAUCUGAUGCUCAAGCACGAGAUCGCUUCACUCGAUAACGGUAAUAAAAUAACUCGUAAGCUGCUCCCUGCUUUGAUCGUGUCUCCAUCUCCAUCGCAGCACAACUUCUGUGGUCAAGAUCAAUCAGGACUUACGAUCAGCUCUCGUAAGAGAGUAUUAGAAGAUUUGCGAAAUUUGUUUCCCCCGAGAAAAAAAUACUUCGGUUAUCCUCAACAUGGAAAAGGGGCUCCUUAUCGAAUUAAACAGUUAUUAAAGGGUGACGGAGCGGGUGAAGUUUGGUUCGUGCAAUUUUCUCACUCCGGGAAAUACUUGGCCGGCACCGGUGGUGCUGAUGUGAUCGUGUGGCCGGUAAUUAAUGCGUCGCGUCGCGGUUUUUUUUUUUUCUUACAAGCUAAUUGGUGA